CUCCAAGAGGCUUUUUUCUUAUUUUCUUUUCGCUUUUGCUUCUUCGACGGCUGGCUUUUGCCACCAGAACGCCAAAACGCCAAAGGUAUUUUAGCUUCUCUUAGCUUGUCCUCUAUUACCGCCAACAGCCCGGCGAGUCGAAGCAAGACGGACGGCAAGCGCAGACAAAGCCUGAGCAAAUAAAGCAAACUGAAAGACCCUUUUACUUCCUGCCGACUCGCCCAACACAACAACCCCAACAACAAUAGCAACAACACUGUGUGAUACUACAAUGUAUACCGACAAAUCUACAUUUCCUAUCGCUCGCGCCUGGUAGGACACCAGAUUCUUCUGCGCAAUCAAAGCUCGGCCCUCAGCACUGCGGUCUCAGGUCUUGCUCGUCGAUUCUUCUUCUCUUUGAUACCCAGCGCAGUUGGCUUUCGCGCUACUCUUAAUUAUUUCUUUCAACAUACUAUCCCUUACUUCAAACCUGUCUCCAGCUGUUUGCUUUCGGAGAUGACUAAAUUAACAAAGCGGCUUGAACUCCAGAUGGAGUCGAGCAGACUAGGACUGCUGCGGUCUCACUCCCGGGCCAGGUCUAGCAAGCUAGCCGGCCCUCAGAGCAAGGCGGAUGGGCCUCCUGCUGAACCCGAAGACGCAGCCAAGGAUGCAGCCAAGGAGGAGAAGCAAGAAAAGUCACGAUCAUGGUUUUCCCCCCGAAGGAAGGAUUCUGUGGCCUCUACCAUUCUCCGAAGUAGCAAGAGCUUUCGCCGCCUAUCCGCAGUCUCAUCGGCAGCUUCAUCACAGGCCGCUAUCUCGACGCCCACCACCCCAUCCUUCUCGCGAGGAAGCUAUGAGAGCGAUGCGGCCUUCCACCACAGGAAACUCUCCUCUGUGGAAAGCGGCGAGGCACCGUUAUCAGAACCUGCGCCGACAGAUCCUCCUUCGAUCCCCUAUCCUCCACACCGACCCGAACGCCCCCAAGGAGACUUAUUCGAGGGAACACCUCUCGAGAAGGCAAAUCAGCUUGAGAAGGCGAACCAGUUUGAAAAGGCAAAUCAGCUUGAAAAGGCGAACCAGCCCAGUCACCGCCCUAGCCGGAGCCGCAGCAUCCUGCGACCCUUUUCCCCUUUCCCUGGCCCGUCCAUAAGAGACUUGCGACGCCUUAGCCAACAUUCUGAACACAAACCGCAGGCAAACAAUGCAGCCGACACCGCUACUACCACCGCUACUACCACCACCAGCAAGGCCAAUCGGCUUUCAGAAGAAGCCGAACAGGUGCACGAACCUGCACAUGUAGCAAUGACUCCGGCUUCGCCAAAGCCGUCUACGUACUCGGUUCUCUCCGCGCCAGCACCAAUUGUCCCUAACCGUCGUGCCAGCCUUAGGCCCAGUAGCAAGGGUUCUGAAACUGGCCUUGCGCGCAAAUCCUCCAUUGCCAGCUCAUUCCAUUUCUCCAUCCAUCGACGACCGAGCCAUGUCACUGCUGAAAUAGAGUCGCGGAAACAUGCACGGUCCUCCAGGUGGACACUGACAGAAAACAUGGCCGAAAUGUUCAAAGGGCAGCAUAUAAAGACGGACAAACAGGCCAUGACGCCAGCCCAAAUCGAGGCCAUCUGGAAUGGUCAAGACAACGGCGGCGCCGCAGCAGCAGCAGCCAAAGAAAAACAAAAGAAGAGCAAAGAAAGGAGGAUGAAAGCGGCAUCAGAUACUUCUGCGAGCAUACCACGUUCAUUUGGAGGCCCGCUUACGGAACAACAAGCCAAUAUGUUUAGCGAACCCUUUCAAUGGCCUGAUAAAAUGUCUUCACCCGUCCCGAUGAGCAGAGCUGAUAUAAAAAUGAGAGCUCUUCCCUUUGAGAUCACUGUCCCGCCGCCCCCUUCAACGAUACUUGUUUCCCCAGAGAUCAUCCACGGCGACGUUUCACCAAAAUCGCCUACAAAGAUUGACAGGAGAUACAUGGAGAGGCAGUCAGUGCCACAGUUGGUGUUGCCAGAUACUGAAGACGCCGCCAUUGAAGAUGACGACGACGCAGCGUCAGGUAGCUCGAUACCCAUCCCCCCCAAGAAUCCAGCCAGAUUUGUUGCGAGAGCGCCGACAAUGCCGCUUCUGCCUCCCAUUUUGGAAGGCUUCAGAUCUCCUCCGGGCAGCAACAGGAGCUCAAACAUCUCAUCCCACCGCCGAAGCCGAAGCUGCAAUCAUGCCUCUGAAGUAAAGGAUGACAUGAUUACUUUCACCAGCACCCCUUACACUAUGGCUAGUCCGUCUUUCCGGCACGGACCCAUUGUCCUAAGUGAUGCCGGCAGCCGUGACUCAGUAGUGACAGCAGAGGUAGUCGAAGAAGAACCACGCGACGUUGAUUGGACGGCAUUCCAGACCGCGAUCUUGGGCGGUUCCAACGGAGAUUUAGAAGGGCUAUUCCCAGAAGAGCCAAUCCCAGCAGACGAAGAGGAAGGCAAGAUGGCCGAAGACGUUACUACUUGGUUUGAGGGAUUCGGAUUCGAGACUCAUGGCGAGCUCAUCGCAGCUUCAGAGAAGUCGUCGGAGAAGAAGUCGGAUCGGUCAACACAGCGGGACUCGGCGGGCAGCAUGACAUCGGCUGCAUCAACACCAUCGACGGUACAAACGGAGGCUGAAGCAGAGCUGCAGACCCCCGUGACUAUCCCGCAACACCAAAAUAUCUUUGACACUAUUAAACAACUUCGCGACCGCUGUGAGAGCACUUACAGCGCUAGCAUAUACACCACGGACAGCGCCGAAGGCCCAUGGGCAGCGGCGGGAGCCGACGCUGAGAACGGCCACAAAGAAAUUGACGAAUUAGCACCUACAUCCGUAGCCUCGAAGCAGGGUAUGGAGCACGGACUUGAAGCUUUCCUUGGGUUCACCAUUGAUGACUCUUAUUGAAAUAUCGCAUGAGAAAGAUGUAUUGAAAGAGGGAUUUCUUUUUUUUUUUUUUUUAUGUAUAUAAAGGUUUUUGUUUUGCAUGAUGUGAUGGCUUGGGAUAUCGUUGGAUUACGUGCCAGACGCCGCAUUUCAUUUCAUUUGUCAAAGUGAGGAUAUAUACCAUGGCAGGGAUUUUGAAGUCGGAGACGCCGAGUCGGUCUUUAUGGAUACAGACAGAUACCAAGUUGAAUGAUACCACAACGCGAACAGCGUUUAUUUUGUCUAAA